AUGACCUCGGAAUCCACCCCUUCCAAAGGGGGAGGCCUGUCUCUCUAUGCCAAUCUCCUUGACCCAUCAUCCAAUGCAUCCUCUCCCGGAACAAUCUCUCGCGCCCCGGUCGUCUUCAAGCAGGCCUCGGAAGGCGACUCACAGACAGAUGAUUCAGCUGCGAAAAAGCAGCAAUUAAGUGCUGCGCUGCCCAAGUCAACCCCAGGCGCUGCGUCUGCGCCGGCUCCUCCCGUGAAGACCACCCUUGCGGACUGGGCAGCAACCGAAGAAGACGACGUCAAUGGAUUCUACAUUGGCGAGAAGAGACAGCGCGGCGGGCGUAAAAAGCGCAAGAAGAACCGGGAAGCGCAGGCGUUCGUCCAAAAUUGGGAUGACAUCUACGACCCUUCAAGACCGAACAUCUACGAAGAGUAUAAGCAUAGUGACGAGCAGAUUGCUGAGGUGCGCGAGUGGAAAGAUCGCCUCUACGCUCACCGAAUGGCACGAUCGCCGAGCAGGAGCUCGCACAGUGCCGAUGAAUCGAGACCAAUGAACAGUAAGCUUUUCUUUGCAUGGCGUUCGACUGUUAAGAAUGCUCACGAAUUUUUUGCAGAACAAUUUGCGCCUCCGCAGAGUUUUGCGCCUCCGCCUAAUCUUAACGAUAUCCCUCCUGCACCGCUCGAUGAAGCUACAGGAGACGAUGCAUUUGCUCGACGCGCGCGCAUGACGGCAGGUCAAUCCGAUGCAUUAAUGUCUGGUCGAACGCCACCUGCGCCUCCCCCUCCGCCAGAAGAGGCACCUGCUCCAAUUUCGGAUGAUCCCACCGGUGAAGACGCCUACCUGAGACGGGUGCAAAUGGCUGCUGCAGCUCAGCCUACGCUGCAGGCGCCCACUCGCCCGCCACCUCGGCCUUUGGAUGCACUGCAGCCAGCUUCUGCCACAAUCUCUCGCGCGCCGGUCCGAUAUACCCUGCCUCCACCUCCGGAAGAUAUUCCCGCCACAGAAGCGGAGCUUGAAGAAGUCUUUGCGAAGGAAGAGCCUGCGGGGGAUGCACCCGACGAAGAAGACGGCCAGCGCUCACUCCGGCCGGGACAAAAGGGAUUCGCCGAGAGGUUGCUGGCGAAGUACGGGUGGACCAAGGGAUCUGGCUUGGGUGCCACGGGGUCGGGUAUCGUUAAGCCGUUGCAGGUCAAAGUCGAGAAGCAAAAGAAGCGGCCAGACUCGGAAGGUGGUGGUUUUGUUACUCCUGCUGGCAGGGGCAAAAUCAUUGGCGGUAAGAGGAAGGCGGAGGAAGAGGAGGGCAAGUUCGGCCGUAUGAGCGAAGUCAUCAUCCUCAAGGGUAUGCUUGAUGGGAUGGAUGUCGAUGCUGAGCUCGAGGGUGAUCAAGACGGGGGGUUAAUCCAAGAGAUUGGUGAGGAAUGCUCAGAAAAGUACGGUCGUGUGGAGCGUGUCUUCAUUUCCCGUGAAUCUGGGCCCCCUGUGCCGGUCUUUGUCAAGUUUACUAAUCAGUUGUCGGCUUUACGUGCGGUGAAUGCCCUGGAAGGCCGAGUGUUCAAUGGCAACACAAUCACAGCCCGUUUCUACGACACUCAGAAAUUCGAAGAAGGGAUAUAUGACGACCGGUAG